GAUAGCUGUCACCUGUAGCUAAACAUUGCCGAAUACAAUAAGAAAUGGCUGUGACACAUAACUGAGGAUUGAUUAGAUAAUUAUAAACUAAAUCUGAGCUGUGAAAAAUGAGUACCAACCCCUGUAAAGUUUGCGGUGGUACAGAAUUGAAUCUUGUGGAUGGAUUUUACUACUGCGUAGAGUGCGGGACUCAGGAUGUGAACGUGCGAGAGACGAUCGUAGAGCAGUCUGUGUUGGCGGAUGGUACGUUCGCGCUCUCCACCCACAAGAGAAUCACCAUAGCCAAAGAUGGAGUUGAGAUGAGUCCUGAAUGGUACAAGUGGCAUGCAUACAACUUCAUCCUUGCCGGUCUCACGGAUGAGUUGAUAGCGCUCGGUGCAGCACCCACUGUGCGGUCAAAGGUUCUCUGGAUAUGGACCAGAUAUGUUAAGAAAUACCAGAACAAAACCGAGAUGGGCAAAACAAGAGCUCAGGAGAAUACAAUAAACAAUAAUGAUAAAAGCUGCUUUGAAAAUAAUGAUUCACAGCUAUUCAUGAUGGAUGAGGAUGAAGAUGAAAAGAAAACUGAGGAAGAGAGUGUCAAAAAGAAAUUUGACAUGACUACAAUCAACAAGACAAGCUUAAUAGCUAUACUAUACAUAGCUCUUAAUUUAGACCGAAGCGAUAUACAAUUAUAUCAUCUAUUUUUAUUCAUAAAAGAGGGUAGAUUGAGUAUUAACGACUGUAUAAAGUUUAUUCCAGUCGAGAUUAACAGAAAAGUGAUACCGAAUUGGCAUAGUUUUACAGCAUGCACCUCAAUUUUUACGAAACGUUAUGUGCGACAAGUAGCAAUGAAUUACUUUAAACAUCUCAAACUAGGUGUACCAAUUGUACCAAAUUUGACGAAAAUGUUAGACAAUUUAAUCAGAGAAUUAUGUUUACCGUUGGAUUUUAAGGACUUUGUUUUGUCCCUGACGUACCUUAUGCCCUGCGAACAUUUGCAAAUAGAUGAAAGGUCACUAAAAUCUCUAGUUCGUGUACCAAAUUAUGAAGAAAUUAUAAUGUCUUAUCUGCUACUGGGCAUAAAGAUAUGUUUUGGGUUAGACGAUGAAUAUGAAGUAAAACUAUCAGAUGAAAUAGAUGCUCUUAAUCGUAAAGAAAAUCAUUUGAAGUCAUAUAAUCUGGGCUUUCAUCCUGAACCAUCGAACCGGCAUUUUUCGUUUCGCGACUGGUACAACUUCUUAUGUCUAAGAAGAACAAUGAUAUCUAAAUAUAAUAUACAUUUAGCACAAAAAUUGAAUCUACCAGUAGAUGAUUACGAACUAGUGGAACAAGCGCCUCGGAAAAGUAAUAAGAAGCUAGAAUUAAGCUUCGAUGUAGCAAUGGAUAUACUUGGAAAGAUAAAAGAAGAAAAUAUCCCGAAAGUUAUUAAAAAUGAUGAGUUCCCUCCCUCCUUGACUCCGUUUGCAACAUACUUGGAAGUGAUAGGUCAGUUUAUACAGGACCCGGAAAUGAAGCUGCAGUUGUGUGAAGAUUUCUCACAAUAUUCUAUUAAAUACGCUUUAAAAAGUCCCGAGUUAUGCUACGUAAAUACCCACGAACUAGGAGUUAGUAAAAGUAACAAAACUAUUAACAAGUACAUAGUAGGCUUAGAAUCAAACCCAAGUAAUAAACAAAUGGUCUAUGUAAGAAAUUGCGAGAAUCAUAACUGGCUAAAAACAAAACCACCUACUGCUGAUCAUAUAAAGAAAGUGAAAAACGAUUCUGACGCAGAAAGUGACGAUGAAUAUGUAGAAAAAGAAGAACCUAUAGAAAGUGAAGACGCAAAAGAAACUGAAAUAGAAGAAAAAAUGAAUGCUGAUAUUAGUAGUCAAAUAGAUGAAGAAAAUGAUGACGUCAAUAUAUUCGACGAUGAUUUUGCCAAUAUCGAUGAUCAUUUAGAAGAGUCAAAUGAACUAAGCAUUCAAUUAAAUGGCAUACAAAAUAAAAAUGACGAGUUUAUAGCAAAUGAAAAUAUGUACUUUAGUGAUAACAGCAAUCAUGCGAUGCCCGUUGUCCCUGAUGACAUAGACAGACCUAAAAUUAUUCAAGAACUCAUAGAAAUAGCAUGUAUGAAGUACAAAAUACCUAUUCCUAAAGAAACGACCGAAUAUAAGCCGAAGAAAAGAAAAAUUAAUACAGAAGAAAACUGUGAAAAUGCAGUAAAAAGGCAAAGAUCUGAAAGAACAGGUAAAAGGGGCGAAACAAAGUCUCUCAUUAAAGAAUUAAUAUCAGCAUACUAUGAAACGUUACAAGCAGAUGUGCUGCAUCAAUUAUCAGAAGAGGUAAGGAAUACCGUACAAGGUAUAGUAAAUGAAUCAGAAGGUAAUGUUAAUGCAUCCUUACCCGAUCAAAGCAUAGAAAAUUUAAAUGAUUCUAAAAUCAUAAGUGAAAUAAAUAUAAAUGAUACUAAUAUUAAUGGAGAAGCACAAGAAAAGGACAAUCAAGAAGUUAGUGUUAAAGAAGAUCUCGAAGCAGAAAAGGCUGAAGAAGACGAUUCAGAUGAAAGUGAAGUAGACGGAGAAUUGUUACCGAAACCUGUUGAUCCUAAGUAUGAUGCUGACACGCACGACAUUAAACAAUUAUAUUUAAAAGUACCAGAAGAUGAAGAUAAAGAUGUAUUCGAUAUAGACGAUGAACAUCUUCAGAAGAUUGUCGCAAAGAAAAUAGAAGAAGCACAAGACAGUGAUAAUGUUGCAGAACCUAAAAUAGAUUCAAAAAUUACAGACAAAUAUGAUUCAGACGACGAUCUACCUUUGAGUGUGUACAAAAAUGAGAAGGAACUUUAUGAAAAUCGCAAGAAAAUAAGAGAUAUACCGCUAGAACCAUUCAUAGAUAGGAAAUUAGAAGAAUUUAAUUAUUGGAUACGUAAAUACAGUAAUAGGAGGUUUAUAAAAUCAAUAGACAUUCUCGGCAGAUUUGAUACUGAGCUAAGCAAUACGUUUCCAAAAAGUUUCGUGUUUGUAGUAAACGAGUGUGCACAAAUUGUUGAUUGUUCCGCGUAUACUUUAUAUAAAGGUCUCGUGGAUUUGGAACAAAAUUUAAUGACGUUAAAUGAUGAAGAUUAGCACACUCCUGCGUGCCAUGUGCUAUCCCAUAAUAUUCUAUUCUAUAAUCUAUUCUAAUUAGCCGUUUGUAUCCCACUGCUAGGCAAAGGCAUCCCCUCUUUCCUUCCACACGUCUCUAUCCUUUGCUGUGUUUGGCCACUCGCCCAUCAGGCGCGGUCCGAAGGGACCACGCGGUCACAGGAGACAUGAUCCCCCCCAAAAUCUAAGGUCAAAUUCAAAACUCUCAAAAUCUUGCCAAA